AUGAUGGAGAUGAUGUUGGAUGUGAAUCACCAAAGAAUCAAAACGAAUGGUAUAUGGAUCCACGUAGCUGAAAAAGGGACUGGACCGCUUGUUUUGCUGCUUCAUGGCUUCCCAGAAAUCUGGUAUGCUUGGCGCCAUCAGAUUACCUUCUUGGCCAACCAUGGCUACCAUGUGGUUGCACCUGACUUGAGAGGAUAUGGAGACUCUGAUUCACCUCUCACCCCCUCUUCUUACACUUUCUUCCACGUAGUUGGCGAUCUAAUUGGCCUGCUUGAUCACUUUGGCGCACAACAGGCCUUCGUGGUGGGAAUCGACUGGGGAGCACUGGCUGCUUGGUACCUCAGCCUGUUGAGGCCAGAUAGAGUUAAGGCAGUCAUAGCUCUUUCUGUUCCAAUUUCACCCAGAUUUCCCAAUGUUAAAUAUCUCGAAUCCUUUGAGCAAAUGUUUGGAAAUGACUUCUACAUUUGUCAAUUUCAGGAACCAGGGAGAGCAGAAAGGUCAUUCUCGAGGUACGAUUAUCUCACAGUGAUGAAGAAGUUCCUUCUCACGACGCAGACUGAUCUGUUCAUAUCACCACCUGGAAUGGAGAUAAUUGACUAUUUAAGAACCCCUUCAUUCUUGCCAUCCUGGAUUACAGAAGAAGAACUACAAGUAUUUGCUGACAAGUUCCAGGAGACUGGAUUCACAGGAGCUUUCAACUACUACCGAGCUAUGGAUAUCAACUGGAAGCUUCUAGCACCAUGGCAAGGGUCAAAGAUAUCAGUUCCGGCUAAACUAAUAGUCGGUGACAAGGAUAUCGGAUUUGAUUCAGGGGGAACAAGGGAAUACAUAGAGGGAAAUAUAUUCAAGAAUUUAGUUCCCAACCAUGAAGUUGUCAUCAUUGAUGGUCAUCACUUCAUACAACAAGAGAAGCCUCAACAAGUUUCGGAUGAAAUUUUAUCCUUUCUCGAAAAACACUGUUAA